CCCAGCAAAAGCUGGAUGUAUUGGCUGCAGCCUCCCCUGCUGUCAAACUUCUCUUGCACACACACUCUCUCUCACACAUACACACAUACACAUGCUCAACUCAAACACACACUGAUCUCAGAGUAUAAAGAAAACUUUACUGUUUUGACAAGAGGAGAGCAAGAAGGUGGGAGACUGCUUGCUAACUUUAUUUAUUUAAUGAGGCCGUUCACUGUAGGAUCUAACUUAUAUUCAAGUCUGGAAGGGUAUUGUGAGGAUGAAAGUGGCAAGAAAUAUGAAAGCAAAAGCAUUGUGAAAAUAUAGGGGAGUUGUGUCAAAGCCUGCAAACUCAAGUUACUUCACAGGAAGAAAAUUUUCUCGAGAAGAGGAAAGGAAACUGAUUCUCAGUCUAUACUUUUCAAAUUCCAGAUUUGAACUGUAAAGGUAUAUUAACUUUCAGACUUCGCCCCCACCAAAUUAAACUUCACCAUGGGGGCUCUGACCCAGGUGCUGUCCUAUACAAUUGUAGCUCUGUUAUGCUACCCUACCCAAGCAGGGGUUCUUAAGAGAGUGAUCCGCCACAAACGGCAGAGUGGCAUCAAUGCCACAUUGCCAGAAGAGAACCACCCAGUCAUCUUUAAUCAUGUCUACAACAUUAAGAUGCCUGUGGGUUCCCAAUGCUCAGUAGACCUAGAACCAACCAGUGGGGAGAAAGAACUGAACCCUCCCACUGAGCUGGGAGAAAACUUCCAAGAACACACACUAAAUGAGGAGAAUCAGAUCAUCUUCACACAUCGAAUCAAUAUUCCCCGGCGAGCAUGUGGCUGUGCACCAGCUGCAGACAUCAAGGACCUACUAAAUCGGCUAGAGGAGCUAGAGGGACUAGUGUCCUCCCUGCGGGAGCAAUGUACCAGUGGGGCUGGCUGCUGUCCCCAACCUGCUGAAGGCCGUCUGGACACAGCACCCUUCUGUAGUGGUCGAGGGAACUACAGCACUGAUAGCUGUGGCUGCAUAUGUGAACCAGGUUGGAAAGGACCCAACUGUUCUGAACCAGAAUGCCCAGGAAAUUGCAACAACAAGGGUCAGUGCAUCGAUGGACAGUGUGUUUGUGAUGAGGGAUUUUUUGGCGAGGACUGUGGCCAGUUGGCCUGUCCCAGUGACUGCAACGACCAAGGCAAGUGCGUCCACGGCGCAUGUGUCUGUUUCAAGGGGUAUACCGGGGAGGACUGCAGUGAGGAACUCUGCCCCGUACCCUGCAGUGAGCAUGGCAAAUGCACGAACGGGCAAUGCAUUUGUGAUGAGGGUUUUGCUGGCGACGACUGCAACGAGCCUCUGUGCCUUAACAACUGCUACAACCGCGGGCGCUGUGUGGAGAAUGAGUGUGUGUGUAACGAGGGUUUCACUGGUGAGGAUUGUAGUGAGCUGAUAUGCCCCAAUGACUGCUAUGACCGGGGCCGCUGUGUCAAUGGGACCUGCUACUGUGAGUCGGGCUUCACAGGAGAAGACUGUGGGCAGCUUACCUGCCCCAAUGACUGCCACAACCAGGGCCGGUGUGAGGAAGGGCAGUGCGUUUGUGAGGAGGGCUUUGCUGGUGAGGACUGUAGCGAAAGGCAGUGCCCUGAGGACUGCCACAACCAUGGGCGCUGCAUUGACGGGCAGUGCGAGUGUGAUGACGGGUUUGCGGGAGUGGACUGUGGAGAGCUCCAGUGUCCUCGGGAUUGCAGCAAGCACGGCCGCUGUGUAAACGGGCAGUGCGUGUGUGAUGAGGGCUACACUGGGGAGGACUGUGCCAGUCGCCGGUGCCCCAGUGACUGCAACAGCCGUGGGCGCUGCGUCCUUGGCAAGUGCGUUUGUGAGCAGGGCUUCACCGGCCAGGAUUGCGGAGACAUGAGCUGCCCCAACGAUUGUCACCAUCAGGGGCGCUGUGUGAAUGGGAUGUGCGUGUGCAAUGACGGCUUCAUGGGGGAAGACUGCCGCGACCUGCGGUGCCCCAAAGACUGCAGCAGCCGCGGGGUGUGUGUGGCAGGGAGGUGUGAAUGCCAGGAGGGCUUCGCUGGGGAAGCCUGUGGAGAGUUGGCUUGCUUAAACAGCUGCAGUAACCAGGGCCGCUGUGUGAAUGGACAGUGUGUGUGCAGCGAGGGGUUCAUGGGGAGAGACUGCAGUACCCUAAGGUGUCCACACGACUGUACCAACCAAGGGCGCUGUGUGGAUGGCAAGUGCAUCUGCCACAAGGGAUUCGCCGGAGACGACUGCAGCCAGCUUUCCUGCCCGAACAACUGUAACGACCAGGGACAGUGCGUUGGCGGGCGUUGCAUCUGUAACCAGGGCUAUACCGGGGAGGACUGCGCAGAGGUAUCUCCACCAAAGGACCUAAUAGUGACUGAAGUGACAGAAGAGACUGUAAAUCUGGCAUGGGACAAUGAAAUGAGGGUCACGGAGUAUCUCAUCAUCUACACCCCCACUAACUCAGAUGGCUUGGAAAUGCAAUUCCGUGUCCCUGGAGACCAGACAUCCACCAUCAUCCGCGAAUUAGAGCCAGGAGUAGAAUAUUUUAUCCGAGUCUUUGCUAUCCUGGAGAACAAGAAAAGUAUUCCUGUCAGCGCAAGAGUGGCUACUUACCUGCCUGCCCCAGAAGGCUUGAGAUUCAAAGCCAUCAAAGAAACAUCAGUGGAAGUGGAGUGGGAUCCCCUAGACAUUGCUUUUGAAAACUGGGAAAUUAUCUUCCGCAACAUGAAUAAAGAUGAUGGUGGAGAAAUCACUAACAGCUUGAGGAGACCAGAAACAACUUACAGACAGACUGGCCUGGCUCCAGGACAGGAGUAUGAGAUUUCUUUGCAUAUUGUGAAAAACAACACCCGUGGUCCUGGCCUGAAGAAAAUAACAACCACACGUCUGGAUGCUCCUAGCCAGAUAGAUGUAAAAGAUAUCACAGAUACUACUGCUCUAAUCAGCUGGUCUAAACCUUUGGCUGAAAUUGAUGGCAUCGAACUCUCAUAUGGUAUCAAAGAUGCUCCAGGUGACAGAACAACCAUUGAUCUCACUCAUGAUGACAACCAAUACUCCAUUGGAAACCUGAAACCUGAUACAGAAUAUGAGGUCUCCCUUAUCUCUCGAAGAGGAGACAUGUCAAGCAACCCAGCUAAAGAAACUUUUGUAACAGGUCUGGAUGCCCCUCGCAAUCUAAAACGCAUCUCCCAGACUGACAAUAGCAUCACUUUAGAGUGGAAGAAUGGCAAAGCUAACAUUGACAAGUAUCGUAUUAAGUUUGCCCCCAUUUCUGGAGGAGAUCAUGCAGAAGUCGAGGUUUCCAAGAGCAAACAGGCUACAACCAAAACCACACUCACAGGUCUAAGACCAGGAACUGAAUAUGGCAUUGGAGUAUCCGCAGUGAAGGAUGAUAAGGAAAGCAAUCCUGCUACCAUCAAUGCAGCCACAGAUAUAGAUGCUCCAAAGGACCUUCAGAUUUCAGAACCUACUGAAACCACCUUGCCCCUGCUCUGGAGCCGACCUGUGGCCAAGUUUGAACGAUACCGCCUGACCUAUAGCUCUUCCACAGGACAGCAUAAAGAAGUCCAGUUACCAGCAGAUACCACCUCUUAUGUUCUGAGAGAUCUGAAUCCUGGUACUGAAUAUGCCAUCCAACUUGUGGUUGAGAAAGGACGACAUAAGAGCAAACCAGCCCGUGUGAAAGGUUCAACAGAAGAAGAACCAGAGUUCGCAAACCUUACCGUGACAGAUGUUAGCUGGGAUGCCCUCAAACUCAACUGGAUGGCAGCAGAUGGGGCUUAUGACAGCUUUGUCAUUCAGGUGCAGGAGGCUAACAAAUUGGAAGAGGUUCAGAAUCUUACAGUAUCUGGCAGUCUAAGAACUGUGAAUAUCACAGGCCUCCAAGCUGCCACCCCCUAUAGAAUCACCAUCUAUGGGGUGAUUCAGACCUACAGAACACAUCCCCUUUCUGCUGAAACUUCUACAGAAGAAACUCCUAAACUGGCAGAGUUAACAGUGACAGAAGUUAGCUGGGAUUCUCUCAGACUCAACUGGACCACCACUGAUGGGGAUUAUGAGAACUUUGUCAUUCAGGUGCAAGAGGCUAACCGGAAUCUUAACAUCCCAGGAGAACUGAGAUCUGUGCAUGUGACUGGGCUCACACCUGCUACCCUUUACAGAAUCACCAUCCAUGGAGUGAUUCGGGGCUUUAGCACACACCCUCUUUCUAUUCAAGCCAUCACAGAAGAGGUCCCAAAACUGGGGAACCUCACAGUGGCCAAGGUUAGCUGGGAUUCCCUCAAACUCAACUGGACGGCAGCUGAUGGGGCCUAUGAGAUCUUUGUCAUUAAGGUGCAGGAGUCUAAUAAUCUGGAGGAAACCCAGAAUCUCACAGUUUCUGGCAAACUUCAGUCUGCUGAUAUUCUUGGCCUCCAGGCUGAAACCCCUUACACUAUUACUUUGUAUGGUGUGAGCAGGAACUUCACCACUGAACCCCUUUCUGCUGAAGCCACCACAGAGGAGGCACCUAAGCUCAGAAGCUUAACAGUUUCAGAAAUUACCUGGAAUGCCUUCACACUCAAUUGGACUAUGGUAAAUGGGCCCUACAAGAACGUUGUCAUUUGGGUGCAAGAAGUUAAUCACCCUGAAGAAAUGCACAAUCUCACUGUGGCUAGUGUAUUGAACUCUAUGCAAGUGACAGGUCUCAAGCCAGCCACUCCUUAUAAAAUCACCAUCACUGGUGUGAUCAGAGACUAUCACACUGAGCCCCUUUCAGCUGAAGCCUCCACAGAGGAGCUCCCUAAACUGGGAGAGUUAACUGUGACAAAUGUUAGCUGGGAUGCCCUCAGACUCAACUGGACUACAACAGAGGAAGCCUAUGACAGCUUUGUCAUUCAGGUGCAGGAGGCUAACAAGUUGGAAGAGGUUCAGAAUCUCACAGUGUCCGGCAGCCUGAGAACUGUGGAUAUCACAGGCCUCCAAGCUGCCACUCCUUAUAGAAUCACCAUCUAUGGGGUAAUUCAGAACUACAGAACAAGUUCCCUUUCAGCUGAAGCUUACACAGUAGCCGAACCUCUUCUUAGCCAUCUCACUGUCUCAGACAUUACCUCGGGCAGUGUAUCCCUCUCGUGGAAGGCUCAGGAGGCUGUCUUUGAUAAUUUUAUUUUAGAAGUUAGGAAUUCUGACCUCCCUCUGGAUUCUGUGGUCUACACAGUGCCUGGGGCCUUGAGAAGCUCUGUAAUCACGGACCUUAGAGCUUCCACUAAUUACACUGUCCAACUUCAUGGGCUGAUUGACGGGCAGAAUGGUCAGACCCUGAUGGCCCAGGCAACCACAGAGGCCUUGCCCCUACUGGAAAGCUUAACCAUUUCCGACAUUAAUCCCCAUGGGUUCACAGUUUCAUGGAUGGCAUUGGAGAAUGCCUUUGACAGCUUUCUAGUAAUCGUGGUGGAUUCUGGCAAGCUGCUGGACCCCCAGGAGUUCACACUUUCAGGAACCCAGAGGAAACUGGAGCUUAAAGGCCUCAUAACUGGCAUUGGUUAUGAGGUUAUGCUUUUCGGCUUGGCCCAAGGGCACCAAACAAAGCCCUUGAGUGCUGUGGUUUUUACAGAAGCAGAGCCAGAAGUUGACAACCUUCUGGUUUCAGAUGCCACCCCAGACGGUUUCCGUCUAUCUUGGACAGCAGAUGAAGGGGUCUUCAACAGUUUUGUUCUUAAAAUCAGGGAUACUAAAAAGCAGGCUGAUCCACUGGAAAUAAUCAUACCAGCCCAUGAGCGUACCAGGGAUAUAACAGGUCUCAAAGAGGGCACAGCAUAUGAUAUUGAACUCUAUGGAUUAAUCAGUGGACGGCGAUCCCAGCCAAUCAAUGCCAUUGCAACCACAGCCAUGGGAUCACCAAAAGAAAUCUCCUUCUCCGACAUCACUGAAAACUCUGCCACUGUUAGUUGGACAGCACCUACUUCACAAGUGGAGAGUUUCCGGAUCACAUAUGUCCCUGUUUCAGGAGGAACACCUUCAGUGAUAACAGUGGAUGGAAGCAAGACUCAGACUGGGCUGGUGAGAUUGAUGCCUGGAGUGGAAUAUCUUGUCAGUAUCAUUUCAAUCAAGGGCUUUGAGGAAAGUGAGCCUGUGACAGGAACUCUUACAACAGCUCUGGAUGGCCCAUCCGGUUUGAUGGCAGCUAAUAUCACUGACUCUGAAGCCCUGGCCAUGUGGCAGCCAGCCAUAGCUACUGUGGAUAGUUAUGUCAUCUCCUACACUGGGGACAAAGUGCCAGAAGUGACUCAAACGGUAUCUGGGAACACAGUGGAAUAUGCUUUGAAUGACCUUGAGCCUGCAACAGAGUACACGCUAAGGAUCUUUGCAGAGAAGGGGCCCCAGAAAAGUUCCAUAAUCACCACUCGUUUCACAACAGAUCUAGAUUCUCCAAGAGAUUUGAUGGCAACUGAAGUUCAAUCAGAAACGGCACUGUUAAAAUGGAGGGCCCCUCGUGCGCCUAUAACUGGUUAUCUCCUCAUCUAUGAAUCUGUGGAUGGAACAAUCAAGGAAGUCAUCUUGGGACCUGACACAGAUACUUACACCCUCACAGAGCUGAGCCCAUCCACACAUUAUACUGCCAAGAUCCAGGCCUUGAAGGGAGCCCUGAGGAGCAAACUCAUUCAGACUAUUUUCACAACAAUUGGACUCCUCUACCCAUAUCCCAAAGAUUGUUCACAAACAAUGCUGAAUGGAGAAACAGCUUCUGGCCUCUACACUAUCUAUCUGAAUGGGGAUAAAGCCCAACCACUAAAUGUUUUCUGUGACAUGACUUCUGAUGGAGGAGGAUGGAUUGUAUUUUUGAGACGUAGUAAUGGACAUCAAGAUUUCUACCAGAAUUGGAGGACUUAUGCUACUGGAUUUGGGAAACUUGAAGAUGAAUUUUGGCUUGGGUUGGAUAACAUUCACAAAAUCACUGACCAAGGACAGUAUGAAUUAAGGGUGGAUCUCCAAGAUAAUGGUGAGACAGCUUAUGCCAUAUAUGACAGAUUCAGCGUUGGAGAUGCCAAGUCCCGCUAUAAACUGAAGGUGGAUGGAUACAGUGGAACAGCAGGUGAUUCCAUGGCCUACCACAAUGGGAGAUCCUUCUCUACAUAUGACAAGGACACAGAUUCGGCCAUCACAAAUUGUGCUCUGUCCUACAAAGGAGCUUUCUGGUAUAAGAAUUGUCACCGAGUAAACCUUAUGGGACGGUAUGGUGACAACAAUCACAGUCAGGGUGUUAACUGGUUCCACUGGAAGGGCCAUGAGCAUUCAAUCCAGUUUGCUGAAAUGAAGCUAAGACCUAGCAACUUCCGGAACCUAGAAGGCAGAAGAAAAAGGGCAUAAAUAUUUCAUGGACAACAGAAGGAAGGGCAUUAAAGGGGAAGGGAAGGGAGGGGAAGAAGGUCCAGAGAAACAGAAGAUCUUACCAAAGUCUAAACACUCGACCGGGGCCACAGCAUUGAUAACAGCAUAAGCAAUGAUGCCGAUUUCACAUAUUCUUCAGUAAAGUCCUUCACACCAAAGACAAUGAUCUCAAAGGGGUUUUCUUUUUGGUUUUCUUUGGGAUUUUCUGUUUGUUUGUUUGUUUCUGUAAAACUCUUCCAGUGACAAUUUCAUGGGAUCUUUCUCUUGGGUGGCUCUGAGGAAGCAUAAGGAGCAGGUUGUACAUUGGUAGUUUGUUCUAGAACCAACCAUAUUUACAGAAAACUGUACAAUUAUCAUUAUUAUUAUUAGCUAUAAUUAAAUGUGUGUCAUUGGAAGGCUUUUUUUAACAUUUCAUACAACAGAUCGGAAAAGCAAUACCAUUUCAAUCAUAAAAAUCCAAUUAAUAUGAUUAAUAUAAUAAUAAUGAUGAUGAUGAUGAUGAUUACAAUAAUAAUAAUAAUAAACUAAGUGUUUUUAAAGAGAUCCAUGCUUUCCAAAACACAGCAGGACAGUGUCUGAUUGUAUUUUUUUUUAAUAAAAGCACAAUUACUUUUAAA